ACUGAGCAUGUGUAUGUCCCGCUUAGCUGUUAGCGUUUAGAGAUGGCCGCAGACAAGCAAAACGACGCCAAAGUGUCCACCAUGGAUGAAAAUAAAGAAAAUGCACCGGACGGGGGACUUGGACUGGAAAUUUUGCAAAUAAUCAAGGAGUCCCAGCAGCAGCAUGGCCUCAGGCACGGAGACUACCAGAGAUACAGGGGUUACUGCUCCCGAAGACUGCGUCGCCUGCGAAAGACUCUUGGGUUCAAGAUGGGUAACCGACACAAGUUCAUUGGGAAGAAAAUAACUGUUGAAAUGCUUUCUGACAGCAGGUAUCUGCUGCUGGUUUUGAUGGAGGCAGAGCGUGCAUGGAGUUACGCCAUGCAGCUGAAGCAGGAGGCAAACACAGAGCCACGUAAGCGCUUCCACCUGCUGGCACGACUACGUAAGGCUGCCAAGCACAGCGAGAAGCUGGAGAAGCUCUGUGAGAGUCCCCGUGUUGAUGCCAAGACCAAACUUGAGGCGCAGGCCUACACUGCUUACCUGACUGGUACGGUUGAGUUUGAACUUCAGGAGUGGAAACUUGCCAUGGAGGCCUUCAACAAGUGCAAGACCAUCUAUGAGAAGCUGGCCAGUGCUUUCACUGAGGAGUUGGCAGUUCUGUAUCGUCAGCGUGUGGACGAGAUCUCACCCAACAUCCGCUACUGUGCUUACAACAUCGGUGACCAGAACGCCAUCAAUGACCUGAUGCAGAUGAGACUGACUGGUGGAGGAGGAGGCAUGAUGGCUGAGAAACUAGAGGCCCUGAUCACUCAGGCAAGAACCAAGCAAGCGGCCACCAUGAGUGAGGUGGAGUGGCGCGGGCGGACAGUUCCUGUCAAGAUAGACAAGGCCCGCAUCUUCCUGUUGGGUCUGGCGGACAAUGAGGCAGCUAUUGCUCAGACAGCUAAUGAGGAGACCAAAGAGCAUCUGUAUGAGACCCUGCUGGCUGAGUGCAGAGACACCAUUCAGGCUGUGAGAGAGGAACUCAAGAGUGAGGCGAAGCAGCGUGAGAGGAGCUCAGAUGCUGACAGCGGCAAGGUGUCCAACCUGCAGUUCCUGCACAGUUACCUGACCUACAUCAAGCUGUGUACAUUGGUGAAGAGAAAUGAGAGCAUGGCCCACACUCUGCAGGCUAAACUGAAGGAGCCCGAAGCUGACGAGAACAAGAGAGGGCCCCGUCCGCAGGACCUCAUCCGCCUCUACGACAUCAUCCUGCAGAGUCUGGCCGAGCUGUCCAGCCUGCAAGGCUUAGAGGAUGACCACACCUUCCAGAAGGAGGUGUCCCUCAAGAUGCUGGUUUACAAGGCCUACAGGUGUUUCUUCAUAGCUCAGUCUUAUGUGCUGGUGAAGAAGUGGAGCGAGGCGCUGGUGCUGUAUGAGAGAGUGCUCAAAUACGCCAAGGAGGUCCAGUCUAAGGCCAAGAGCCUCAACAACAGCCUUAAGGAUCUCCCUGACGUUCAGGAGCUCAUUGCUGAAGUGAAUGCUGAGAAAUACUCCCUUCAGGCUGCUGCUAUUUUAGACACUGAUGAGACGACUGAAGUUCCCUCUCAGCAGCAGGUGAAAGACAACACGCCCCUCUGCAACCGCCUGGAGACCUUCCGCCUCGACCCCACCCUGGUAGGAAAGCAGCCCAAUUUGGUCCAGUUCCCUCCCGACUUCCAGCCAAUCCCCUGCAAGCCUCUCUUCUUUGACCUUGCGCUCAAUCACGUGGCCUUCCCACCGCUGGAUGACAAGGUGGAGCAGAAGGGCAAGGGCGGUCUCACCGGCUACAUCAAGGGCAUCUUUGGCUUUGGCAGCUAAAUCAGCCCCCCCCCCCGGCGUUUGUCUCUGCAGGAGGGCCUCAAGGCUCCGAGUUUACCACAAACAACCAGACUUGGGUCGGUUGUUAAUUAGAAUAAUUUAAAUUACUUUUUUGUUUUGAGUUUUAGUGCCUAAGUGCAAGAUGGGGGGGAGUUUGCAGAUCAGAGGAAGGCAGAGUGAGUCUACUUUUCUAUAAUCUUUUCUUGAAAGAUGAAUCAAUUUCAAGUAGCAAUAUGACCCAAGUUCACCUGCCACCUUUAGUAAUAACAUCAGGCUGCGUGGGUUCCUUGCAUACAGACUCCCUCCUUAAUCUGAGCUGUGGAGGUGUCUGGGACUUUCAGGUCCUGCAGGUUACAAUGCCAUGGUCUCUCAGUACAGCCAAGUUGUCGAUCUCACAAUUCUGUCGGAGUAAAACAAGUCACUUAGGCAUCAUUAGUAGUUAUUCUUUUUUUUUUCUCCAAUGUUAUGUAAGCGCCUUCAUGUUAUUAAAUGUCUUUUUUUUCUUUAUGUGAGAGGUGUUUUCAGCUUUCUUAAAAUUCGCAAAGUGCAGUUUUGUUAUGGCAGCUACUUUGACUUAAAAACAAAGUACUGCUCAUCAAAUACUAUAAACAUCCUGUGACAU